AUGAUUCAUCCGGGAUCUCAAACUUCGACCAAUGUGUUCCACAAUGCAGCAGAGGUGCACACCCCGGUUGCGCGGGCCGCAAAGGUCAUAUCUACCGGAGAGUUGUCAUAUUCCACGACUCCAAUGACUUCUCGAGUUGCGAGUCAGGUUCUGAACCCAACGACAACAGGAUGUGCCAUGGCUGGACUGGGCUAUCUUCAGCUGUCCAAUGACUACGGAGUCGUUUCCGACAGCAUGUGGACGGCAUUGACCACUGUCAGAAACGGUCUCGAUACGCCAGAGGCUGUCAGUACUCCUCACCCAGGCGGGUUCCUGGGCUAUUUUAUCAUGGAGAAUGCCACCCAGUUCACUAGCGAAACCGAGUUUCUGAACCUCCAGGUGGUGACCGAACCAAAGGGAGAUAGGAGCAUGUGGGUGCAUCCCGCUUUUGACUCGCUCCGGUCCCGGCAAACAUUCAUCUGGGCAGUGCGCAUCGGUCCCAGGAACUGGAGGAACAUUGCAGAUGACAGAAAUGCCCACUGGUGUCUUGUGGUCGGUGAAAUCGAGGCACGACCGGCAACCGUUGUGUCGCGAGGCACCACGUUCCCAUAUACCAACCGCCGGGAAGACUUUGUGGACCUUUAUUACGACCGGUCCAUCCGAUCGAUCCAGAUCUUCAAUCCAUUGAUUGAUGACGACCUGAACAGAGAACGCACGCAUAGGCUUCUGGCACGAGAGAUCACUGUCAUGUUGACACGAGCAGGCAUUGCUGUUCAUACGGAACAGUUUCGCUUUGGCCAGGCAGAGUACGGGCAGGUAACAGAACCUUGGCAGACUGGAUUCCAAUGCUUUGGCAUUGCACAAGAGUACAUGCGCCGACUCAAUGUUCGUGCAAACCUUGGUCUCGAAGACACAUCGGAAGAGGCAGAGCAAAUGAUGCGCAGCACAUAUGUAGGUCUACCCCGAAUUUCCGUUCUUCGAGAGUCAAUGAUCGCCGCUUGUGCUACCAGGGCUGUCAUCCAGAGUGACUACAAGGCGAGAAUCGCAGUCGAACUCCCCGGACAAGGUAUUGAGGCGGACACGGUAGCCCCUAUGGCAGGUGGAGGCUUUGGUGAGCAUCCGCAACGCAUCGAUGACCCUGACAAUGAAACGCCGACAGCCAACAUAUUCAUCUCAGUCAACAAGGGACCUCUACCGGGCCCAUUGACGGCAUGGCAGCCGACGACAUCGUAG